GUUCACAGCGCCAACGUUACUUCAUUCAGUAACCGGGUGUCACAGUGAUAGGUAGUUGUGUUGUAACUCACUACGGACUUUUCGAAGUUGUGAAUCUGAAUCAUCGUAUACACUGAGUCAACGUAGUGUGCUUGCCAUAAGUGACGUUUGUUUAUAUCCUUGUGCAACCAUACAGUUUUAUGCACGCUAUGAGUGACCCUGCUGCCCUUGCUGGCAUGCUACCUUUUGAUUCCAUUGGCUUGUAUGAACAGCCAAAACCGAGGUUUAUAUUUAAAAUGCCGCGAGUUGUUCCUGACCAGAAAGCGAAAUUUGAAUCUGACGACUUAUUUAAAAGAUUAAGCAGAGAAAGCGAGGUGAGGUACACUGGAUACCGUGAUCGUCCACCAGAGGAGCGACAGAUGCGGUUUACCAGUGGCUGCAGGGAGGGACACACAGAGAUUGCGUUUACGGCCACCGGAACCAACCUACAGCUCGUGUUCGACCACUCGCCCUACAAUAACCGGGGCUGUGACUUUCAGAAGGAAAACGGCAAGGCGCACAUAGUAUCUCGUUUUAUUAUGAACGGAGUGUGCGUACGAUGGCGAGGAUGGAUCGACUUGGAGCGGCUCGAUGGAGCUGGCUGCCUUGAACUUGAUGAAGAGCGCGCAGCCAUAGAAGACGCCGCACUUCGUGAUCAAAUUGAACGGUAUAAUCAAAGACUGAGAGAUUUUGAAGAUAAACAGCGUGCCUACCGUGAACAUGGCGAGGAACUGCGUGCUCAUUCACAUGUCCAUGCGCAGCGCUGUCACCAAGCCCGACAGCCACCCCAUGCCGCCCACCCGACUCAUCCACACCCGCCGCACCCGGUCCACAUCAAGCCACAUUCGCAAGGCUCACUUAUAUCUUAAAUUAUAUUCUAAUAUUGAUGUCCUAAUACCACCCAACUAUCUAUUAUUAUUUUAUAAUUAAACUAUAAUUCCUAAUUCAUAUGAAAGGCAUAUGAAUUAGGACGCAACAUAAAACUUAAAGAAUAUAGUUUUGUUCCCUUAGUCUUGCUUAUCUUUUGAUAGAUGAUUCGAUUCGAAAAGACGGGUUCGGUGUUAGAAUUUUAUAGAAGCUUAUACCCAGAUACAUAAACAUUUAUAUAUAGUUCCAUUACGAUUUACAAAAUGUGUAAUCAACCAUUGUGUGCAUAUUAUGUGAUAAUGGCAUAUUGCUAAUUUUCAAAUGCAUUGCAGGGAGUCAGUGGAUGCAGGUGGCUCAGGACCAUUCUGUUAUGGCGGUCUAUGAGGGAAGCCUAUGUUCAGCAGUGGACAAACAAUGGCUAAAUUGAUGAUGAUGAUACAUCGAUACAUACUAAACAGGAAUAACAAAUAUCACGCGGAUAAAGUCACAGGAAUCAACUACUAGUAAACAAUAAACAAGAACACCGAAUGUUUAUGAGUUUAUGUUAUUGGAUAGAUUACUUACUUCAGUGAAAUUCAUUUAUGCGUAUCGUAACAAUUGUUAUUGAUUAAUUUGAUGUAAGUAGAACAAACAGUAACAUAUAUUUUAUCUAUACUCCUUUACAGCGUUUUACGUAACCAUGUCUAUAGGAAUAUUCAAUUAAACUUUAAUAAUAAUUCCAGAUUUUAAUGCCAAUGACAUUAUCGCCAAAAAGAGACGUUAACACUUAUACUCGUAUAGCCUACAUACUUUUAAAUAGUUAGUCAUUUGUAUACUUAAUAAGUAAGUACCUAUAUGUAUUUAAAGUAUUUCGUUGGAAUGUUAGUACAUAAUAGUUAGUAUUUAUUCUGAUACCGCAUUAACUAACUACAAUUUUACUUACAUUAUACAUAAUAUACAUAGUUUGAAUUAAAUUAUAAAUUCACUGACAUGCAAAGUCCUCAAUACUAAACCUUUUAAGACAAGCGGAAUCUAAUGCUGAUCGUAAAUAUGAAACUUUGUACUUAAACGUCAUAUUUUUAUUACAAUCGUCACUUGUUGGUCAGAAAUGAAUGUAAUACUAUUUUAAAGAAUAUGCUCUGUAUUCAGCGCCGCUUUUUAGCUUCUGAUUACAUAAUUAUGGGUAUUUUGUAUAUCAAUGGAUAUACUUAUUACUUAAAAUGUAAAAAUAAUAUUAAAAUAGAUGCUUAUUAUUUAAAUUAAAUUUUCUUCACUGCUUUUCAAACUAUAAACUAUUUGCUAAAUAACUAUGUACUUAUAAUUAUUUCACCAAAUUAUCAUUAAUUAUAUUUUGACAAUUUUUACUUAUCAAUUAUUAAUAAAUAAUAUACUUAAAUUAUUUAUAUAUUUUGAAAAGUCUUUAUUUACAAUAUGGAAAACCAUAGAUAUAAUUACUACAAUAUUUAAAAAAAAUGUAUUAAAUCGUUAUCACUAUUGAUUAAUUUUGUAUUACCUACUUGUAAUAAUGUUCUUGUUUAACUUGUGUAAUACGUUGUUUAUUUUUUAAUUGAUUUUAUAACAUAAUUAGACAAGUAUAAAUGUGAUAGUAAUGUAAAUAUAUCUUUAUAAUAUUUUA